CAAAUUUCUUCUCCCAAAGACUUUUUCACAUCCUAUCCCGCCACGCAUAUUAAUCCAACUGAACGACCAUGUCGGCUAUAUACACGUACAUGGAGAACCUGUUCAAGGAGUCUCACACCCUUCCGACGAUCGUUGUCACCGUCGCCUUGGCAAUCCUCAUCACCCUCUUCCAGGACCAGCGAAAGCAAAGCAAGAAGGAGGACGACAACCAAUUAGAAACUACAGACCUUAACAGCCAAGACAAAAAGUCAUCCGACGCUGAUGCAUCCGAGUCCGCUGCGCCGAAACCCAAAGCAUUCGCACUUCCCUCUACGUAUGUCUUUUGCACUCUUGUUCAUUCUGCUUUCUAUGAAUCAGUCCGUUCAUCCCAAAUAACCUCCCAUUUGGUAAAAAAAACAAAUCUUAUAUGGCACGCUGUAGCCCAUUGCCACCACCAAAUUGGUCCCGGAUCUUCUCACAGGACGAGCUCGCACAGCAUGAUGGCGCAGCCGAUGAGGACAAGCCUAUCUAUGUAGCCAUCAAGGGUACCGUCUUUGAUGUCACCACCAAGAAGGCCAUGUAUGGACCAUCGGGCGGAUACCAUUGCUUCGCAGGAAAGGAUGCCUCCAAGGCACUCGGAAUGAGUUCGCUCAAGGUCGAGGACUGUGUCGCCGACUAUAGCGGCUUGGACGAGAAGGAGCGAAAGACCCUGGAUGACUGGUACACGUUCUUCGAGAAGCGCUAUCCUAUUGUUGGCAAAACUGCCGACGCGUAAAGAAAUCCAGAUCGGUAUAGAAAAAAAAAAAGAAAAAAAAAAAGAAAAAAAAAAAGAAAUAAA